AGAGUUCUAUAAAUUCAUCUCCACCCCUUUCACAACUCUUGCAUGUUCACCCCAAUUCUUCUCCUUCUCACUCCUCUCUUUCUCUCUCAGCCCACCCCAAUCUUCAAAUUCAGCCAAACCAAGAGGUGGGCUUCACUCAAAAACCUUCUCUUUUAAUCAAAUUGCACACCUUUGCCCUCAUAAAAACUCCAAUUCUACCCCAAUACUUAAAAACUCCUUUGUUUUCAUCCCCUGUUUUUCCUUUUCUUUCCCCACAUUUUGUUGUGAAGAUUUAACCAAAUUAAAACAUGUCCACAACUGUAGCUGACUUGGGUGGCUGGAGCUUCCUCCAAGCUCUAACCAACAAUUCUCACACUGCCAAUUAUGGCACAAAAAUUGAGAAACUAUAUGUUGACCCUCUUGUUAAGCGGUGCUCUUUGAGGCUAAGUGAAAAAAGCCUUGAAAUGUGCACUGAAAGCUUAGGUAGUGAGACAGGUAGUAGCGUUAUCAUCACUGAAACCAACAAAGAUCAUGAAAUUUCUUUGAUUUCACUCGUUAGUACUGAAAAUAAUGGUCCCAAGAAGCAGAAAAUUUCGAAAUUUAGUGAGCCUAAGAAGCAGAGUAAGCAUCAUUGUAGGAGUUUCCCACCACCCUUGACAUCUAUUAGUGGCUCAAGUGGCGUUCAUGUUAGGCCUCACAGAGAAGCUGGCCGCCUUGUUCUUGAAGCUGUGCCUGCCCCUUCUUGUAAUAGCUUGUUCCAUGCUGUGCGUGGUGAUGGCAGGCUUAGGCUUCAGUUGGUCCAUAAUGAUCAAGAAACUACUGAGGAAGAUGAGGAAGAGUCUGAGCAAGUUCUUGAAGAAGAAGAAGAAGAAGAAGAACAAGAAGAAGAAGAAGAAGAAGUGGAGGUUCAAAUUCAAGCUGCUGACAAAGAAGUAGUAGAAGAGGUCGAAACUGAAGAAGCUGGAGAAGAAGAAGAAGAAGAAGAAGAAGGAAGAAUUGGUGAAGAGGGUGACCGGUAUACUGAAAUUUUGGAUGAUAAAGAUUUUGGGAAGCUUCCACAGCCAAGAAGGUGCAAGGAAAGUGGGCGCGGCGACAGAUCGGAAACUUGGCUGCCAUUCUGGAUUUCUACUUUCUCUGUUUAAGUAAUUAUUCAAUAUUUUCGGAAGAAGCAUUGGCUCAUUGUGGCUCCAGAGUAUUGAAUAAUUUUGUCUAAUUAACAAGGAAAAAAAUCAAUUUGAUUAUCAUUGAUUUUGUACUUAUUUUUCCUUGUUAUCUUAUCUAAUUUUUCUUGGCUACAUUUUCCUUUGUAAUUUUAACAUUUUAGCUGUUAUGUAUAUGGUUAUGAUUUCUCGUA